AUGGCAGACGAUCCAACGGGUGAGAGGAGAGAGAUGACUUGUCAUACCAGGACUCUCACUCUCGCUGCCUGGCACGCCGAGGGAUGGUAUGUGAAGUUAACUUGGUCACUUGGGAAGACCCAGCCCCAUAUUUCCGGCUCAAUGUGGGUGAGGCUGGAUCCGUUCGGUGAGUUAGGAUUGAGCCUGUUCGUCGAUCCGUACUGUACGAGUCGCCAACCGUCGUUGAAACAACAGGGUGGCGUACGUAAAGAUUCCUGUCUUUUUUUGGCGUCUUUAUUUGAAUCGCCAAGUUUGAGCUUUAUCGAUCUUCGAGUUGGCCGAACACGCCAGAUGAACGCAAAUGCUGGCCGCGAACCAAAGGCGCUGAUUACGGUCCGAUUAACCCCGCUCCCACGCUCGCCAGAGAGUGUAGUGAUGGAUGCAGUGGCGGUGAUGGCCGGGUCACUCUAUAUACGCAAGCGUAGCCAAGCUUGUGAAUUGGGAAGGUUGAGUGUUGUAGGCAAUGGCAGACCUUUGGUACGGGUCCUGCCUGAGCAUGUGGAGUAG